CAAAAUUUCCCCAUGUUCUUCUUUUUAGGUCUGGGAAUCAGAAUGUAGUCGAUCCGAUUCUUGUUUCCUUGAUUGAGAUUAUCUAAGGAAGAUAGCAACACCAUGGCUCGAGAUGCAACAGAACAGUCCACCUCCCACGAGCUCACCGUACCUCACCCCACUUCCACACAUCCAGCUCCCCCACCACACAAUCUCCUCCAAGAUCAUGAACCAAGCAUAACCUCCCGCUCAAGAAACGACUACACCUUCCCAGAAGGCGGCGCAAGAGCCUGGCUUGUAAUCCUUGGCUCCUUCUCCAUAAUCUGCGGAACAUUCGGCCUCAUCUCCUCAGUCGGGCUUUUCCAAGCCUACUGGCAAGUCCACCAACUCUCCUCCUACACCACGCGAGACAUCGGCUGGAUCUCCGCCGUCAACGUCUUCCUCAACCUCUUCCUCGGAGUCCAGAUCGGACCAUUGUUCGAUAGGUACGGACCAAGAUGGUUGGUCCUGGCAGGGAGCGUGAUUUAUGUCGUUGGCCUGGUGCUUCUGGCGCAGUGUGUCAAGUACUGGCACUUCAUGCUUGUUUAUGGGGUUCUCGGUGGGACGAGUAGUGCGUUUUUGACCACUACUGCACUUGCUGUGGUGGCACACUGGUUUGAGGCCAAGAGGGGGAUGGCAAGUGGGAUUGCGUUUGUGGGGUCUAGCGUUGGAGGGAUUGGCUUUCCUCUGGUGUUGAAAUCAGCUCUGGAGAAUCUAAAUUGGGCUUGGGCGAUUCGAGUGGUCGCUCUCAUUGUGCUUGUGUUGAUGGUUGUCGGGAACUUGUGCAUUCGCGGACGACUGCCGCCAAGAAGGAAUGGGGGAGCUGUUGAUUUGAAGUGCUUUCAAGAUCCUAGGUUCUCUUGGGCUACUAUUGGAGUUGCUUUGUUUGAAUUCGUGUUGUUCGGAGCUCUUGGGCUACUGCCAACUUACGGACUUCAGCAAGGUUUUAGUAGUCAGACGAGCUUCAAUAUCAUCGCGAUCUUGAAUGCCGGUUCUGCGUUUGGACGUUCAUUUUCAGGAUACAUCUCUGAUAGAGUCGGGCGAUUCAAUACCAUGAUUAUCACGCUGACGUGGUCACUGAUCGUAACAUUCGCCCUCUGGCUCCCAGUCGGCAACCACGUAGUUCUCUUCUAUAUCUUUGCUCCCCUUUUCGGAUUUGGAAGUGGCAGCAUAAUUAGUAUGGCUCCCGUUUGUAUUGGCCAGCUGUGUAAAGCGGAUCAAUAUGGUCAAUAUUACGGGACGAGCUACUCAAUUGUUGCCUUUGCAACUCUGAUCUGUAUCCCUGUAGGAGGAGAACUCUUGCCUACGAUUGGAAGCGUGGGAUUCGUCACAAUAUUUGGAGGAAUUCUCGUGUUGUCGUUGGCCAGCUUUCUUAUGGCUAGAUGGGCGUGCCUGGAGUAUCGUUGGAAAUGGAAUGUGAAAAUUUAGAGGGUUCAAGAUGGUGCGAUUCGAUUGAAUAAUAACUCAGAAGUCGGGGCAUCAUUCUUAAGAAAGGCUUAUGAUCAAAUGAGCAAUGUGUUAGUAUCAUUUGAAGAAGAGUAGUAGAUUGACGUUUUAAUUUCAGAAGACUUUUGAGUAACCC